AUGCCAUCAGUACCCUACAUGAAUCAUUCAGCCCCCUUCUGGGACUUCUUAGCAAGUCUGGAGCAAGAAGGUACUGAUCACCCAAUCUUCAGCCAGUGGGCACCCCCUUCAAAUAACCGCUCCUCCUCCUCCGACAACACCACCGCCAACAACAACAACACAAGAAGCAGCGAUGCCACUACUGAGUCCGCACGCGAAGUCCCUCCCUUUGGGCCUUGGACCCAUGGAAGCUGGCCAUUCAUGUUCGGCGGCGGACAAGGAAUCCCCCACCGUGGAGGACCUGGACCGCGCCGUGGCCACGAACAUGCUCGUCAUGAGCAGCACGAAGACGAGGACCGAGACUUCGAGAAGGAUUUCGAGCGCGAGUUGAAUAAGGAGUUCGAAGACGAACACGACAGUGAUGAGAGCUCUGAGAAACAGAAGGAGAAAGAAAAUAGUGGCAGCUCCAACGAUAACGGCGAAGGUCCGUCGAACACCAGCGGACGUGACGGCACCGAACAUGAAGGAUGUCGUCGCGGUCGAGGGGGCCACCGUUGCGGUGGCGAUCGGGAGCAGCACUGGGGAGGACCACGACGCGGUGGACGACACGGCCGCGGUGGUUUCGAUGGACCCCGAGCUUGGGGCCCUCAUCACCCUCACCGCCCUGGAUGCGGUGGCUACGGACGACGCGGUGGAUUCGGAGGGUGGGGUCGCGGGGGGCCAUUCGGAGGUGGGAACCGCUCCUUCGAUCCUAUGAGCUUUGUUUCGUCGUUGUUCGAACAGCCUGGAAAUGCCGAUGCCAGAGAAACCGCGGCCACCGAGAACGACGAUUUCCGUCCUGACGCCGAUGUCUUUGAUACGCCCGCGUCCUUUGUGGUGCAUGUGUCGCUGCCCGGCGCGAAGAAGGAAGAUGUCGGUGUGAAUUGGAAUGCUGAGAAAUCUGAGCUCAGCAUUGCCGGUGUUGUGUAUCGCCCUGGUGACGAAAAGCUGAUGGCGCAGCUCGCUAUGGCUGAGAGGAAAGCCGGGGCUUUUGAAAGGAAGAUUAGGCUGGGUACGAGGGCGAACCCAGCCAAUGUUGAUGCGGACCAGAUUAGUGCCAAGUUGGAGGAUGGGGUACUGAGGAUUGACAUUCCGAAGAUGGGGGAGAAUGGCUUUGUAGAGAUUAGGAAGGUGGACAUUGAGUAG